ACCGAACUCACAUACGCUGCUCAUUCUACCACAAUGCCAGAAGAUAAUAUCAUACUACCUGUGAGUGCAUCCAUGAGCAAGAUGACAAUACAGGACUCGAAUAAGUCGCAAUUUGGGUACAAUCCGUCGAUAGGAGCAUCGUCCAAUGAAAUUACCCCGACCACCUCUAGCAUACUACUCAACAAAACUGUCAGUCUAAACCCUGGUGUUAGCAAAAGCAUCAACAAAAAAGCAUUCGAAGUGAGUUUGUCAUCGUUAUCAUUUCUCUUCUGUGAAAUUGUGAACUGGAGUCACAAGAAAUCCAAGGGUAUCCAGGAUUUAGAAAACAGACUAAACGGGUUGGGGUAUCAAAUCGGUCAAAAGUUCUUGGAACUUUCUAAAACUAGAGAAGGCUUGAAGUACAGCAAGAGAGAAAUCAAAAUUGUUGAAAUCUUACAGUUUAUACAUUCUACAUUGUGGAAAGGACUCUUUGGCAAGAUUGCCAAUGAAUUGGAAAAGUCACAAGACGUGAAUAACGAGUAUAUGAUCAUAGAUAAUUGCCCAUUAGUGUCCAAAUUUGUCAAUGUUCCUAAGGAUUAUGGAGAUUUGAACUGUGCUGCCUUUAUUGCUGGAAUAAUUGAAGGUGCUCUUGACUCAGCUGGGUUUUUCGCCGAUGUCACCGCUCAUACCAUGCCCAAAGAAGGAUCACCGUUAAGAACUGUGUUUCUUAUAAAGUUUGACGACCUGGUGAUCUCCAAAGAAGAGCAAACAGUCCAAUCGUAGGAAUUAUAUCACACGUAUAAUGGUGAAACACUUCAUAGACAUUUCGCAGUUUACACAUUC